AUGUUCUCACGCAAAAACAAGAUCCACAACCCAUUCAAACGUCGACAUACAUCCAAGACAGCCGCUGAACCAAUGUCACCCAUGGAUUUCGAUUUCGAGUUUUCAACAACAUUCACCCCUACUGCUUUUUCAUCACGUCGAAGCUCGAUUUACUGCAGUUCACCCAUGGCAACGAGUCCACGAAUUAACGCAUAUCCGUCUUUCUCUCCAUUCAACUAUUCAACGAUGCCUACAUGUCAACAUCAUCCAUUUAAUCAUUAUCAUAAUUGUCAAAGGCACUCUGGAAGAAAGCAUGGAAAACAACAAAAGGGAGAAAAAGGAGAACAGCAACAGUAUAAUCCGAGACGAAGUAUUACAGGAUUUGUGCUAUGGUGGAGAUUGACUUGGGUUAAAGUUGAACGGACUUUCCGUUAA